AUGGCAGACGCUUCUGAGUCCUUGACGGCUCGUCCUUUCGACCGCGAGGUUGGGGUGGAAGUCGAUUUUAAGGCCACGGCUAAGCUGACGAAUGAUUUGUGUGUUCCUGUGAAAUACACAAUCACGGAUGCGGAGAAGAGCAAAGCCGAAGCGGUCAUCGUGGACACGAUCAGCCUCAUACCGGGCUUUGACCAACUCUUCAAUCUGCUCACCGUCAAGAGCAUUAUGACCAACUAUGUCGGCUUCUGGGCCGACGUCACCGGCUGGUCGGGCUUGCAGACUGUUGCAGAUUUUCUCGGCCCCGAGAAGACCAAGGAGGGCUGGCUCUACCCGGGAGAGACGGUCGAGCGAGGGGCUGCUCUCGAUAAGCUCUACGCCCAGAACGUCGUCAAGGUCGAGUAUCUGAGCCUCAAUGAAGCGAAGACCGCCUUUCAGUUCUCAACCUUCAUCACUAAGUCCCUCCCCGACGACACACAGCUGAAAGUGUCGGACAUCCUAAAGGACACCCAACCGGGCAACCGCCCCCAGCCCGUCGACAACCCGCCGGAACCUUGGAAAACCCCGCAAACACACAUCAUCAGCCUGGCGCCCGACCCGAAUUGUCCCAAAAAAUACCGGCUCCUCAGGAUCCCGAACCUGCGCCUCGAAAGGGGCCAAUGCCAACUGUCUGCGUGGACGAGCGAGCCAGACGGAGUGUUCUGCUCCACGACGCCGAGGAACCUGGAUGAAACAGAAAAGGAGAUCUACCCGUACACCUUCACCAGCAGCGCACUCGACGGGACGGUGCUGGCCCGCGGCGACGACAAGCAGUCCAUGAUGUACUUCAACGGACCGAGCGGAAGGCAGGGGGGCUGUUGGCAGGUGCUUCUAGGCGGCUGCAUUCCGGUCGUGUUGCUGAAUAACUGCAACAUCAAGAAGGAGAACCAGGACCCAGAAAGGUUCAGGGCCCAGGGCAAGAGGAACGUGGAAGAUGUCUUGAACUGGCUUUGGGGGGAGAUGAAGGACCGCUGGAGGCAUAACCGGCCCGUGGUCGGAACGAGGUACUGGGCUAUCUCGUGGGAUCGAUCCAACUAUGUCUACGGCCUGGACGCGACGUCGGACGCUGCUCUCCUCGGCAAGUAUGUCUUGGUCAAGAAGACCGGGUACUACACGUUCAUGGUGUGCGACCGCUGGACGUCUCUCCAAUAA